UUUUUCCUGAAUUGCAGUACUCAUAAGUGUUUGUUUUGAAACAAACUUAUUUCGGAUCAGCGUCUCCAAAUCAAAGAUGCAUUACAUUGCGUGGGUUAUUGUCUUAUUGUUAUGCUACUGCUCCCUUGUUCAACUUUUUUAUGCAAUUGGUUGGCAAUCAACAACUUUUAAGCUAUCAGUUCAGUGUCAGUUAGCUAUGUCAUUUCUAAUAUGUAAUGAAUGGCAAACUGAUCUUCAUCUUUCAUGAGUGAACCGGCAUUUUUCUAUUGAUUGAUUGGCAAAAAGUGCAAAUAUUUGGGACUUCUUUCAAGCACCAUAUAAAAGUUGGGAAGGGGGAGCGUUUGUGGGAGGAAUUGAACCCGCGGUCUUGACAGUUUGCUGCUUAUACCAUUUGGCCUAUAGUAAAAUUUCCUCCGCAGGCAUAGCAACUACAGGAAAAAAAGUAGCAAUAAGGCAAAAGAAGCAGCAACAAGGCAGAAGCUAGCCAUGGAAGAAAGUAGAGAAGCAUUAUUGAUAAAACAAGUCGAUGAAGGCCAAAAAGGGAGAGGUGAAGGGAAGGAAGAAAAACAAGAACUGGCAAAUUUCUUCAUUCUAUUCAUUUUUGCAGAUAGAGUUGACAUAUUUUUGAUGAUCAUCGGCACAAUAUGCGCCAUUGCUCAUGGAAUUUCUGGUCCGUUAAUGACUUUAAUUUUUAGUCAGCUUAUUAACUCGUUUGGUAAUGCUCACACAUCAACUACCACUGACCUUUCAAAGAUAGUAAUAAAUUAUGUGUACUUGGCUGUUGGCUCAGGCAUCGCUUCUUUUCUAAAUUCAUCAUGUUGGAUGAUUACUGGAGAAAGACAAUCGGUGCGUAUUCGAGGGUUGUACUUGAAAUCAAUCUUAAGACAAGAAAUUGGUUUCUUCGAUACCGAAAUGAGAACUGGAGAGGUGAUUGAGAGGAUGUUUAGUAACAACAUUCUCAUUAGAGAUACCAUCUCUGAAAUGGUUGGCAAGUUAAUACAACUAGUAUCUACCUUUAUUGGCGGCUUUGUUAUUGCUUUUGUGAAAGGAUGGCACCUUGCACUAGUUCUGCUUGUUUCUGUUCCUGUAAUGAUGUUUAAUUAUCGGUUCCUUACAGUUACGGUUUCAAAGUUGGUUCUAUGCCAGAUAGGCGCUCGCAUGCAAGCUGGAAAUAUUGUUGAACAAACCAUUGGAGCCAUUAGAAUGGUUGCAUCUUUCACAGGGGAGAAGCAUGCUAUUGCAAAAUACAACGAAAAGCUGAAAAUUGUAUAUGAAGCUAGUACUCGACAAGGAUUGGCAUUAGGAUUAGGAGUUGGUACAAUAUUUGCUGUUCUAUUUGGGUCUUAUGGAUUUGCAUCUUGGUACGGAUCCAAAUUGAUCAUGCACAAUGAUUAUAAUGGUGGACAAGUGAUCGGUAUAAUUAUAGCAACAACCAGUGCUGCAAUGGCACUGGCUCAAGCUUCAUCUUUCAUGAGAAAGUUCUCGGCAGGCAAAGCUGCAGCUCAUAAGAUGUUUGAAACCAUCAAACGCGAGUCGAAAAUUGACCCUUCUAGUAUUACUGGGAUGGUAUUACAAGAUAUUAAAGGAGAAAUUGAGUUUAAAGAUGUGUAUUUCAAGUACCCAUCUAGACCUGAUGUUGAGAUAUUUAGUGGACUUUCACUACAUGUUGGAACAAAAACAACACUAGCCAUUGUAGGAGAAAGUGGAAGUGGGAAAUCAACGGUCAUUAGUCUGAUUGAGAGGUUCUAUGAUCCUGAUUCUGGUGAAAUACUUGUGGAUGGCUUUAACUUGAACAAUCUGAAGAUCAGUUGGUUAAGAGAGCAGAUUGGUCUAGUCAGUCAAGAACCUAUUCUCUUUGCAACUAGUAUUAAGGAGAACAUAGCAUAUGGUAAAGAAAAUGCAACAGAUGAGGAUAUUAGAUCUGCUAUUGAGCUUGCUAAUGCUGCUGAAUUCGUUGACAAACUGCCUAAGGGGCUUGGCACCAUAGUAGGGGAACGUGGUUGUCAACUAUCAGGCGGACAAAAGCAAAGGAUUGCAAUUGCAAGGGCUAUAGUGAAAAAUCCAAAAAUUCUACUUCUUGAUGAACCCACUAGUGCAUUGGAUACGAGAUCUGAACAUAUAAUCCAAGAGGCUCUCAUUAAAGUCAUGUCUAACAGAACAACCAUAGUGGUAGCACAUCGUUUAACCACUAUCAAGAAUGCUGAUGAGAUUGCUGUUUUCUCUUUGGGCAAAAUUCUGGAGAAAGGAACACAUGAAGAGCUCAUACAAAAUAAGGAAGGUGCUUAUUCCCAACUAGUUCGCCUCCAACACGUUGAGGACCCUAAUUCUCAUGCCAAAAUUUUAGAAGAAGCUAGUGAUUGUACCAAUGGAGUUUCAUCCUCUGACUUUUUCAUUCCUAAAACCAGUAACAUGCAUGAUACUGAAGAUGAUGAUGAGAGGAUUAGCACUAAUAAAAUAAACAAGAAGCCUACCAAAGUUUCUCUUAAAAGGCUUGCCUACCUGAGCAAGCCAGAGUUGCCUGCUUUAUUGCUCGGAAGUAUAGGUGCCAUUAUAUAUGGCAUAGCUUUCCCAGUUUUUGGCUUUUUAAAUGCAAAAUCGAUCGUAAUGUUUUAUGAACCUCCAAAGAUGAUGCAAAAGGAUUCUAUUGUUUGGGCUGUGUUGUUUAUGAUUCUUGGAGUCAUAACUCUUGUAGGUUCACUGCUUCAAAAUUACUUCCUUGGUAUUGCUGGGGGUAAAUUGAUUGAACGAAUAUCUUCCAUGUCAUUUGGAAAGGUUGUGAACCAAGAAAUUAGCUGGUUUGAUGACCCUGCCAAUUCCAGUGGUGCAGUGAGUGCAAGAUUAUCAACCAAUGCGACCACAAUUGAAGCUAUUAUCGGUGAAGCCUUUGCCUCUGCCAUCAGAAACAUUGCAACAAUCCUAGCAGCACUAUUUAUAGCAUUUACAGCUAAUUGGAUUUUGGCAUUUGUAGUUAUUGCUGUCUCACCCUUGCUAUUUUUCCAAGGCUAUGUUAAUUUCAAGUAUAUGAACGGUUUUAGUAGUGAAGAAAAGGAUACAUAUGAACAAGCAAGUAAAGUGGCACAUGAAGCUGUCAGCAAUAUGAGAACAAUUGCAUCAUUUUGUGCAGAAAAGAAGGUGACAGAUUUGUAUGAAAAGAAAUGCAGAGGUCCUAAGGAACAAGGUGUUCGAAACGGAUUUCUCAGGGGUAGUAGUUAUGGUUUCUCAUUCUUUAUACUUUAUUGCACAGAAGCUUUUUGUUUUUACAUUGGAUUUAUUCUUGUGCAACAUGGCAAGGCAACAUUUGAGGAUGUUUUUAAGGUUUUCCUUUCAUUAUCUGUAGCAAUAGGUACAGUUGCUGACAGCAACGGAAUGUCUCUGGAUAUCAGUAGAGCUAUGGAAGCUAUAGCGUCGGCAUUCUCCACCAUUGACGGAACACCAAAAAUUGACUCUUCCAGUGAUCAAGGUGUAACACCUUUGCACAUAGAUGGAAAUAUUGAUUUUCACAGUGUCAAUUUCACAUACUCAACACGACCAGAUAUCCAAAUUUUCAAAAAUCUAUCCUUCAGUAUUCCUGCAAAGAAGGUUGUUGCUAUAGUUGGGGAGAGUGGCAGUGGGAAAUCAACAAUAAUCAACCUGAUAGAAAGAUUUUACGAUCCCGAUUCUGGGUACAUAUAUUUUGAUGGUUUAGACAUCAAGGGCUUGAAUGUAAACUGGCUCAGACAACAAAUAGGAUUAGUAAGCCAAGAAGCUGUAGUUUUCAACGAAAGCAUUCGAACAAACAUAGCAUACGGUAAGCAAGAGCACGUAAGUGAGGAAGAGAUAAUCGAAGCAGCAAACGCAGCAAAUGCACACAAAUUUAUUAGCUCAUUACCAGAGGGAUAUAAUACCUGUGUAGGUGAAAAAGGGGUUCAGUUGUCUGGUGGGCAGAAACAAAGAAUUGCCAUAGCAAGAGCAAUACUGAAGAAGCCGAAAAUUCUUUUACUCGAUGAGGCAACGAGCGCACUCGACGCUGAGUCGGAGCAUGCGGUUCAAGUUGCAUUGCAAAAUGUUAUGGUAGAUAAAACAACAAUUGUCGUUUCUCAUCGGCUUGCAUUUAUUCGAAAGUCUGAUAUUAUUUUUGUGCUUAAGAAUGGCGUUUUGGUUGAACAAGGGAGUCAUGAUGUACUCAUGAACUUGCCUAAUGGUUCUUAUGCGUCUUUAGUUGCUUACUCUUUGUCAAAAUAACUAUAAAUAACAAUUUUUUUAGGGUUAAUGUCAAAAAAAAUCACGAACUUUACACGUUCUCUUUUAA